AUGGCAUUUGACAAAGACAGAGUUGUCGGUCAAGGAGGUUUUGGAACUAUUUACAAAGGAUAUCUAAAAGAUAAUUGUAUCGUUGCCAUAAAAAAUGCAAGUUAAUUGAUGCAUCAAAUUGAACAAUUCAUAAAUGAAGUCCUUGUCCUUUCCAAAAUAAACCAUAGAAAUGUGGUUAACCUCUUAGGUUGUUGCCUUGAGACGAAAGUUCCAAUAUUGGUGUAUGAAUUUAUCAAAAAUGGAGCACUUUCUUAACACUUACAUAUUAAAUUAAAGGCGUCAACUCUUUCUUUGGUUAUUCGUCUGAAAGUUGCUGCAGAAACUGCUGGAGUACUUUCCUACUUACACUCAGCAGCUUACCCUCCUAUCAUUCAUAGACAUAUUAAGUCAGUCAACAUUCUUCUAGACAAAAGCUACAUAGACAAAGUGUCUGAUUUCGGAGCAUCCAGGUUGGUUCCUUCUGAUCAAACCGAGCUAUCUACAUUAGUUCAAGAAACUAUAGGAUAUGUAGAUCCUGAAUUCUUGCAAACAAGUUAA